AUGCUGAACGAAUCAGUAGAACUCUUACCAGUACCAAACACGAUGAAAAUACAUCAGAUUAUUAACAAUGUUGACUUAGCUAACUCUAUUUUCUACCGUUGUUUAAGUUGCUUGUUUAAGUUGCGACUGUCACAAUUUGAAAUCUGCGGAGAAAUGUUAAAUGAAAAAUCUAUUCCGUCUAAAACGUCUAUAACAGUAUUAGCUGACAUUAAAAAUACUCAAGAAAACAGAUCUUAUUUUAAUUUGAGACAAUAUGGACCAUUCAAUUUAAAACAAAUAAACCUCAAAACAGACAUUGCUAGCAAAAGUUUGAAAGAAAAUUCUCAUGACAGAAUGAAGAAAUGUUCAAAGAAAAGAAAAAUAAAAGAGAUACACCUUAAAAUAAAUAAGAAACUUAAAACGGAAGAGGAGAGCAGUACAGACGAAGAUAUGACGAUUUCUUUGCAUGAUACUUCUGAUGAAGAGUAUCACAUUACAGAUGAUAUCUUAUCAGAUGAUGAUUAUCUGUAUCAUAUGGAUUAUCAAUUGAAAGAACAGAAGAACGUUACAAAUUUAAGAAAAAUAUCAGACACAAUUAAAAUAGAGAGAGAAAAAAUAGAACAAUCAAGCCAUGAAGAUACAUACACUGGUAAAAACACAAGAGAAAUAAACAUUUUUUCUAAUGAAAAUCAGGGAGUAGUUAAAACUAAUUUAGCUGGACAAUCUGUGAUUGCUACGACUCUGCAGGAUGAUGAAAAUAACUUUGCCAAUGCAAAAAAUGACUCGGAAGUGACAUCAAAAAUUAAUACAGACAUAUGGAGGCUAUCUUUCAAAGACACUGUACUUGUAAGGUAUUAUCAAAGAACCGCGUGGAAGUAUUACAUAGGAUUCUUGGAAGACAGUUUUAAAAAAGAAGGAAAAUCUUAUUUUACCAUACGAUUUCUGAAAACCAUUAAAAAACCGGAGCUAAAGUUUAUAAUUCACAAAAUAAAAGAUGAAGAUACUGUAACUGAAGAUUUAAUAGUUAAGCAGGUUAAAAUAACCCAAAACACAAAACGACCAAAAGAAUACUUUUUAGCUGAUCCUAGUGAUAAGGUUUAUUUUGAGUAA